AUGACAAGCCCUAAUCUCUCCAGUGAUUCCUGUCAAAGGUCUUAUAUUCCCCAAUUUGAUCAUGGACUGUGCAAAAGUAUCAAAGAAAUCGCUUUGGUUAUUAGCAAAGUGGUUCACAAUGGAAACAGUAGUGGAGGAACUUCAUGGAAAGUUCUACUUGGAAGAAGAGAUGGUCUAGUGGCAAAUCAGACAGGAGCAAAUAGGGCACUUCCUGCACCAUUUGAAGCCCUAGACAGCAUCAUUUCGAAGUUUGCCGCUGUCGGCCUAAAUGUCAAUAACAUUGUGUCCUUAUCAGGCGCCCAUACAAUUGGGUUGGCAAGGUGUGGCACUUUCAGAGAUCGACUCUUCAACUUCUCAGGAACAGGUGCUCCUGACAUUACGUUGGAACAAAGCAUGUUAACUGAUCUACAGCACCUGAUGGAAGCAUUACCGCGCCUUUUGAUCGGAAGUCAGCUCAUCUAUUUGACAACCAUUAUUUUCAGAACUCGAUUAAAGGGAAGGGCCUCAUUAGUUCAGAUCAAAUUCAAUUUUCAAAUGGGGAAUAUUAGUCCUCUUACUGGGUCUGCUGGAGAGAUCAGAAAGAACUGCAGGGCUGUUAAUGCGUGA